GGCGCGCCGUGCCGGCGGGGGCGGGGAUACGCCGUGUGCGCGGCCGGGGCGGAGCGGAGGAGGAGGAGGGGGUGGUGGCCGGGCUGCGGGGUAGGAUCCCGCUGUAGGCUCGGGUAAGCUACGCGCACGCAGUGCUGAGUCCCCGCACGCUGCGGCGCCAUGGAGAUCGGCACCGAGAUCAGCCGCAAGAUCCGGAGUGCCAUUAAGGGGAAAUUGCAAGAAUUAGGAGCUUAUGUUGAUGAAGAACUUCCUGAUUACAUUAUGGUGAUGGUGGCCAACAAGAAAAGUCAGGACCAAAUGACAGAGGAUCUAUCCCUGUUUCUAGGGAACAACACAAUUCGAUUCACCGUAUGGUAUGUUUCUGAAUUUUUGUGCCUCAGACCAAAGUUUGGCACAAACGAGAAUUUGGAGAUAAUUGCCCUAAUUUGGUGUAAUACAUUUUGUUGUUCUUUAAAUAGGCAGACUUAUGAUGAUGGAGCUGCAACCCGACUAAUGUCAACAGUGAAACCUUUGAGGGAGCCAGCACCCUCUGAAGAUGUGAUUGAUAUUAAACCAGAACCAGAUGAUCUCAUUGACGAAGACCUGAACUUUGUGCAGGAGAACCCUUUGUCUCAGAAAAAACCUACAGUGACACUUACAUAUGGUUCUUCUCGCCCUUCUAUUGAAAUUUAUCGACCACCUGCAAGUAGAAAUGCAGAUAGUGGUGUUCAUUUAAACAGGUUGCAAUUUCAACAGCAGCAAAAUAGUAUUCAUGCUGCCAAGCAGCUUGAUAUGCAGAAUAGUUGGGUAUAUGAAACAGGACGUUUGUGUGAACCAGAAGUGCUUAACAGCUUAGAAGAAACGUAUAGUCCGUUCUUUAGAAACAACUCGGAGAAAAUGAGUAUGGAGGAUGAAAACUUUCGGAAGAGAAAGUUGCCUGUGGUAAGUUCAGUUGUUAAAGUAAAAAAAUUCAAUCAUGAUGGAGAAGAGGAGGAAGAAGAUGAUGAUUAUGGGUCUCGAACAGGAAGCAUCUCCAGCAGUGUGUCUGUGCCAGCAAAGCCUGAAAGGAGACCUUCUCUUCCACCUUCUAAACAAGCUAACAAGAAUCUGAUUUUGAAGGCUAUAUCUGAAGCUCAAGAAUCUGUAACAAAAACAACUAACUAUUCCACAGUCCCACAGAAACAGACACUUCCAGUUGCUCCCAGAACUCGAACUUCUCAAGAAGAAUUGCUAGCAGAAGUGGUCCAGGGACAAAGUAGGACCCCCAGAAUAAGUCCCCCCAUUAAAGAAGAGGAAACAAAAGGAGAUUCCAUAGAAAAAAAUCAAGGAACUCAACAGAGGCAAUUAUUAUCCCGACUACAAAUUGACCCAGUAAUGGCAGAAACUCUGCAGAUCAGUCAAGAUUACUAUGACAUGGAAUCCAUGGUCCAUGCAGACACAAGAUCAUUUAUUCUGAAGAAGCCAAAGCUGUCUGAGGAAAUAGUAGUGGCACCAAACCAAGAGUCGGGGAUGAAGACUGCAGAUUCCCUUCGGGUACUUUCAGGACACCUUAUGCAGACACGAGAUCUUGUACAACCAGAUAAACCUGCAAGUCCCAAGUUUAUAGUGACGCUGGAUGGUGUCCCCAGCCCCCCAGGAUACAUGUCAGAUCAAGAGGAGGACAUGUGCUUUGAAGGAAUGAAACCCGUAAACCAAACUGCAGCCUCAAACAAGGGACUCAGAGGUCUCCUCCACCCACAGCAGUUGCACUUGCUGAGCAGGCAGCUUGAGGACCCAAAUGGUAGCUUUUCCAACGCUGAGAUGAGUGAACUGAGUGUGGCACAGAAACCAGAAAAACUUUUGGAGCGCUGCAAGUACUGGCCUGCUUGUAAAAACGGGGAUGAGUGUGCCUACCACCACCCCAUCUCACCCUGCAAAGCCUUCCCCAAUUGUAAAUUUGCUGAAAAAUGUUUGUUUGUUCACCCAAAUUGUAAAUAUGAUGCAAAGUGUACGAAACCAGAUUGUCCUUUCACUCAUGUGAGUAGAAGAAUUCCAGUACUGUCUCCAAAACCAGCAGUGGCACCGCCAGCACCACCUUCCAGUAGUCAGCUCUGCCGCUACUUCCCAGCUUGUAAGAAGAUGGAAUGUCCCUUCUAUCAUCCAAAACACUGUAGGUUUAACACUCAGUGUACGAGACCGGACUGCACAUUCUACCAUCCCACCAUUAAUGUACCACCACGACAUGCCUUGAAAUGGAUUCGACCUCAAACCAGCGAAUAACACUCAGUCCUACCUGGCAGAAGAUCAUGCAGUUUGGAAGUUUCCAUCUACUGAUGAAUACUCUACAAAACUUGUCAAAUCUUUGAAACUUGGAAUAUAUUGCUUUCAUAAUAUGAAGUUUAUUGCCUAUCCGAAUUGUCUAAUUUUUCAAGUUUGUAAGUUUAUUAAGUGGUUUUAACAUUGGGUGUUUUUGUUUUGUUUUUACUAUACAAAGACAGCUUAAAGAAGAGCUACAUUUUGUUAAAAUAUUUGGGGCAUGUUUGUGCACUGCUGUUGUGAGGAUCAGCAUAUGAAAUUGACGUCAUGGUUAGUGAUGGUGCUGCAGCUUACGGGGCUCCACGGUUGCUGUGUGAGUGGAGAGAGGCAGUGAGGCAGGUGCCAUUAUUCUGAAAACUGAACUGCUUUCACUUUUCCCAAAGAUUAUAUAACGUUCAUAAUCCACCAUGAAAACAGGAUUGGCCAAAGGUACGGAGGCUGCUGAAAAUACUCAAUUCUGCUUUUUAAUUUUUAAGUGAAUUUAGUUUGAAAAGCAUGAUAAUACAGGCCCCUCAGGCUCAGUGCUACUUUGGUAAAGUUCCCAGUUUCCUUGCCUUUUGUGAUAGGAUGAACGAGGUGGGUAUGGACAGUGAAGACAGCUGGAAUGGCAAGUGCAGAAAACAGGAACAGUUCUACACAUUUACUAAUGGCAUAAUACCUUCUAAAUAAAUUUUUUGGGAAACUACAUUAUCACAAAAUUAUACAAAUUUUUUUACAAGUAUUUACAUAAGGUAUCUGAAAACAGACUUUAAAGUCACAAGAUUAUAAAUGUACAUAUAUAUUCUCACAUUCUGAAAAAUAACAUUCUCAGAAAUAGCUCCACAGAAAAUAUACAUAGUUACUACUGAAGAUAAUUUUUGAAAUGUAAAAAUUAGAUUGAAAUAGUAUAUUUUAAAUGACAAAACUAUAAUUACAGAGAUCAGAUAGGUAAACUGUAAGAUAGGAUGAAACUUUUGGCCUACUGUAUUACAGAGUUGUGUGUGUGUGUGUGUGUGUGUGUGUGUGUGUGUGUGUGGUUUUUAAAACUGUUAAGGCAAGAAGUGUCAAAUGCUUUAGAGUUAAAUAACAAACAGAUCACUGAUUUCAAAGACUUGAUGUAUAGAAGUGUUAAAAAUUAAAGCUUAAAAGGUGGUUAGAAAAGUAGAUUAAUGCAAAAGGGAUAAUAAAGACUGCAACAUUCUCAGGACCAAAU